AUGGUGAUGAAUCGUCCGACAACCUCUCUUUUCGCCGCCCGCUCAAUGGUGCUGGGAUUGGCGAAGUGCAUAUUUCUCGCAUUUUUCCAUCUACCGCUCACGACGGCUGCACCUGUCUUCUCAACCUCCCUCACUCCUCAUGACGAACCUCCGAAAGAGCCUAAUGACCCGAGUCUAUGGCUGUACUUGGGAUUCUCAGCGGCCCUUGUCCUCAGUGGCGGCGCCUUUGCCGGACUCACGAUUGCUUUGAUGGGACAGGAUGAAGUUGAUUCAAACAUCUGGCGAGGAAUCGGAGAAAAAAAUGCCGCUAGUGUUCUGAACCUGCUGAAGCGUGGAAAACAUUGGGUACUUGUAACCCUCCUACUCAGCAACGUGAUCACCAACGAGACUUUACCUAUCGUCCUCGAUCGGACACUCGGCGGUGGAUGGCCGGCGGUCUUGGGAAGCACUGCAUUGAUUGUUAUCUUCGGCGAGGUCGUCCCCCAAUCGAUCUGUGUUCGUUACGGUCUGCCGAUCGGAGCCUGGAUGGCACCGUGUGUUCUGGUUCUGAUGUAUGUCAUGUCCCCGGUCGCUUGGCCAGUUGCAAAAUUGCUGGACAGACUUCUCGGUGAGGAUCAUGGCACUAUCUACAAAAAGGCUGGCUUGAAGACCUUGGUCACUUUGCACAAAACUCUGGGUGAGGCUGGGGAGCAACUCACCUCCGACGAAGUUACAAUCAUCAGUGCUGUGCUGGAUUUGAAAGAAAAAUCGGUUGGAAGUAUCAUGACGCCAAUGGAAGACGUCUUUACUAUGUCUGCCGACACUGUGUUGGAUGAACGCACCAUGGAUAUCAUUCUCUCCCAGGGAUAUUCUCGAAUCCCUAUUCAUGCACCCGAAAACCCGAUGAAUUUUGUUGGCAUGCUCCUUGUCAAGAUGCUCAUCACCUACGAUCCGGAAGACUGCAAACGUGUUCGUGAUUUUGCUCUGGCCACACUGCCGGAGACCCGCCCUGAAACCUCCUGCUUAGAUAUUGUCAAUUUUUUCCAAGAAGGUAAAUCUCACAUGGUUUUGGUGUCAGAAUACCCGAGUGAAGACCGGGGUGCCCUCGGAGUGGUCACUCUUGAAGAUGUGAUUGAAGAAUUGAUUGGAGAAGAAAUCAUCGAUGAAUCUGACGUAUUCAUUGACGUCCAUAAGGCUAUUCGUCGCAUGGCCCCGGCACCCAAGUCUCGAGUGCCCAAGGGGAAAAUCGUUGAAGAACCUCCCAUGGCGACUUCUGUUCCCGAUGGAGAACUGCUCGGCGAAGAUGGUACCAUAUCUACUCCUGCUUUACGUACUUCUGAUCCCCUUCGUCGUCGCAGCUCCCUACGCAAGCCUGCAGACGACAACAAGCCAGAUACGCCGAAUAUAUGGGUCACUCAGAGAGGGACCACCGAUGAAAUCCGAGAACAUCUGAAACAUCUGGGCCCUUCGAACCUGGCGAGUCGACCUCGCCAAACCCGUUAUUCUGCUGUGAAAAUCAAACGCAGCGGUACCUCACCCUCACGCUCGGCCCAGACGGACUUUGAAUCCGGCCAAAGCACAACUGAGUCCCAACUUCCUCCCCCUUCCGUUGCCUAUCAAGGGGGCAUUGGUGCAGGCCUUGUAACCCCUGGCUUGGAGGCAAAGGAUGGCGCUCACGCGUUGAAAAUCGGCUAUGGCACCAUUUCCUCCCAUGACACGAGCACCAAGAGCACCAAUUCUCAGCAGUUUAAAGACCUCCCCCAGGUUUCAAUCCCCGACCCGGUCCACGAAGAGUGGGAAGGUCAGCCCCGCUCCGCUUCAACCCAAAACGACAGCAGUCAGACCGGUAGUAUCAAGUCCGUCGACUCACGCUCGGAUUUCAUAUACCACCGCCGUGGUCCGGCUCGGAGCGGCAGUAUCACUGAACAGAUUGUGGAUGUUAACGGCAUUCGCAAGGUUGUGCUACAUACAACCGGGACAAGUUCUUCCGAUGGGGAGGAUAAGAAUUCUCCUAAGCACACUGAUCAACAGGGAGAUCACCCUGAUCAAGCGGAAUCUCAUUCCAAUGCGAAAAAGAGACGUCGUCGCAAGAAGCGUGGGCAAAAUUCCAAGCUUGAAAAUGGCGAACAUGGAGAAAAUCAGCCUCUUCUCCAGUAA